AUGGAUUUAAGAGACCCAGUCGAAAUCGAAGAGAAAAUAGAAGAGGCAAGAUCAAGAAUGUUACUUGCUGCACAUUAUAGAAUACCAUUUGCAAAAAAGAGUUAUGCACCAAAGUCUGAAGGUGUAAUGCCAAAAACAGAAGAUCCAAACAGUGAAUCAAAUAUUUGUUAA